CCGUCUGAUGGAAUGCUUAACGGUAACACUGGGUGUAAAACAGAAAAAUACUAUUGUGCCCAGUUGCCUUGCCUGUCCCAGCGAAGCCAAAAACAGAGUAAUUUGUUGUACGUCGUCUGCUAAGAUACUGACACAGGCUCAGAAUUUAGCAGCCAAAACAGUGACAGUUCACAAUUGCGGUGGAUAUUUCUGUCGUUAAACGAACGCCGGUGUCUAACUAUUUACAUUGACGCAAUUCCGUGAGUGAAGAAGAAAAUGGCUUUGGAUAGUCUCGUGAGACUCGAUCAUCUACGAGCGUUCAAACCGCGAUGCGAUGAUGAGCUGAAAAGUCUGGAAGAUGUGGAUGAUAAUAUAAAGUUUCAUUCAAAAAUUUGUGUGCCUCCAUUUUCCGAGCCUGUAGAGACGUUAGCUCAUCUGAAGCAGCGGGACGAGCAUGGUCGUCCAUUGAACCUGAACUUCAACAAGGGAACGACAACGUGCGCGUUCAAGUAUCAGGGCGGCGUAUGCAUCUGCGUUGACUCCCGAGCAACUGGUGGAAACUAUAUAGCAUCGGGGUCCGUUCAAAAGGUGAUCGUAAUCAACGAUUAUCUAUUGGGCACAAUGGCCGGAGGAGCUGCCGAUUGCACUUACUGGCUUCGCAUCCUUUCUGAAAGGUGUCGUAUGUAUGAACUCCGUAACAAGGAGCGUAUCUCGGUGGCAGCUGCCUCAAAACUACUUGCAAACAUUCUCUACAAUUACAAAGGUAUGGGUCUAUCCAUGGGAACUAUGAUAAUUGGCUACGACAAACGUGGACCUGGUUUGUAUUGGGUCGAUAAUUCGGGUACCCGGAUGUCAGGCAACCUAUUUUCGUGCGGAUCUGGAUCACCAUACGCACUCGGCGUCCUCGACACCAACUACCGAUUUGACAUGACUGAUGAAGAGGCGUACGAGUUGGGCAGGAAAGCAAUCACUGCAGCCACGUUCCGAGAUUUCGCUUCUGGAGGUAUCGUAAGGUGUUACCAUAUGAAGCCUGAUGGAUGGACGCAUGUUUCCGACACGGAUUGCAUGGAACUGUACUUCAAGUAUGAAGAGGAAAACAAAGAGAGGUGGGGAGUCCAACAAUGAACGCGGCACCAUUAAGCGCCUUUAAAUCUGCAUGCGACGACUACGUGGUGUUUGAACGUUAACGACAGGCGGUUGCAACACGUGGAAGCUUAUUAAUAAAUACAUUUGGAAAUCAUCUUACACUUUUA